GUAAUCUUUCUUGAGGGCAUUGUGUGGAACGAUGCCAAGAAGUCUGCAGAUCGAAUAGCCUCAGGAUGUUUCCUCUUAAUGACCUAUGGUCGUUUGCGUUUCUCUGACAUGCAGCGCACCAGCAAGCUUGUGAUUGACUCAGUCAUCACAGACGAUGGGUCAGAAGUUGGAUACUUGGAAGGCCAGGCCCAGAGAACGAAAACUAGCAUUUCAUUGGAGAGGAAAAUUCGUGCUCUGCCGAUUGCAGUCCCCCUCAAGUCGGUGAGCGGCAAGCCUUGGGUCAGGAAGUGGAUGGAGCUUAGGGCUUCCGAGGGUCUCAACGACACACAUCCCAUGCUUCCUUCUCCCGCUUCUGGCGGAGGAUGGACUAAGGUGCCCUUGAAGGUCGGGACAGCUGGCGCAUGGCUUAGGUCUUUGAUCCCUCCGACCCAACAGCAGGCGCAAGAGGUCAAGGUUGCAACACACUCGUGCAAGUGCACUGCCUUGUCGUGGCUCUCGAAGCAUGGAGAGCCAGCCUCAGGACUGGGAGCUGCAGGAUCCGUGCCAGUGCAGCCACCGCCGCAGCAGGGUCAUGUGCCCGAGGUAGAAGCCGAGGCAGUGUUGUCCAGUUCGUCGGAUGGCUCGGAAGAUGAAGAAGAGGCCUCCUUGACCGAGGAGGAAGAGGCCAUUAAUGAAGUGGCCGGCCAAUGGGGUCCUGAUCCCGAAGCCAAACUUUGUGCAAGGCACAAACAAACGAGAUACCUCCACUUGGUGAGGGACGAAGCAGGCGCCCAUCUUAAGUGUGGGAGAGCGAUUUCGACGCGAUUCGAGAUCCUGGCAGAUGCACCUGCCUUUAUGCGUCCCGCCUGUUCGGUGUGUUUUCCAUCGACUUGA